AUGAUACGGAGCACAAUCUUCCUUGUCCUCCUCCUGACACUCUACCCGAUCCCCAUCCAAAUCCAAGCGACACCGAGCAUCCCAAACAUCCUGGGCAACAACCUCAUCGACCAGACAUGCAAGAAAACCCCUUACUACGACCUCUGCAUCCAGACCCUCGUCUCCUGCCCUGAGUCCUUCCACACCGACCUCGAGGGCCUCGCCAAGAUCACGGUGGGCGCCAUCGCCCACAAGGCCUCCGCUGCCCUCCGACGAAUCGAGACCAUCCUCGCCAAGAAGGAACAUUCCAAGCCGGCGGUCAGGGAGGCUCUUAACGCCUGCGCCUCAAGGUACCGUGCUGUGGUGGAGCAGGACGUCCCCGAGACGCUCAUGUCGCUGAGGACAGGGAACUACAAGUUCGCCAGCCGGGGGACGAAUGAUGCUGCCACGGAGGCCAUGUCGUGCGAGGAGGAUUUCGCGGCGGGGGAGUCGCCCUUGUCCGACUUGAACGUGGCUGUGCAUGACGUGUCCGUCGUGGCGGCUGCCAUCGUUCAGGCUGUGAUAGAGAGCUGA